GUUGAUUGCCCCUACUUAUGAGCCCCUGAUUCUGCUUAUAGUUGUAUUAUAUGUUUUAUCUGAUAUCUUAUUCCAUUCUUCGCAAACUGAAUUCCACAAUAAAUAGAAUAUACAAAUAGUGCGUUAAGGGUGAGAAAAUUGACAACCAGUGAUAGACUCAAAACACAACAAAACAAAGCGAAAUGCAUAAUUGUACAUGUACUGGCUUUGAACAUACGCGGCAAAGAUGAGUGAGAAAAAAAUGAAUAAAAUCACGAAAAACGUGUCCAUUUUUGUUCGUACGUUACCCGAAAGAGGGGAGGGGACAAAAACACACAGCUAUUUGACCUUUGUUCUAUGAUAAAAAAUAACAAUAUUAGGAUGGUAAGCCUGUGGUAAAAUACUUUUCUCCUGUGAACGUGAAACAGAAAGGUAAUACAUAGAGGAAUAAAUAUACUUCAACUCAUAAAGAUACUGCUGGCGGGGCAAGAAGUCUUAAUUGUUUUUAUUUACGUGAGGCACUGCGGGUGGAUACGGAUUCUCCGAGUGCAACCUUAUUUGAAAGUCAAAAUAUGCUGUUUGCAAAAGCUUUGGCGAAUAUUUCCGUUGCCAGAGUGACUCCCCCUUUAUAAUCUAAUCUCUCUGUGUCCACUGCAAGAGUUCGUAAACACCAACAGUGUAAUGUGAAAGUAUUUUGAACAUUGACUGUUAUUGGCACAUCUGGCGCAUUGGCGUAAUCCUCAACAGCCAAUCACAGUGAGUGUGAGAACAAAGGGAUCUAUUAAUACACAAUAUGACCCUGCUGUACAGUGAAUUGGCGUGAGAACUUGCCAUUAUUGUAGCCAUCUGUCUUUCUAUUGGAAUGAUCUGAGAAGUCAUCGCAAAAACAAGCUUUUAUUCCAGCCUGUUUACGGCAGAUAGGUUUAUAAAAGCUAAGAUGCACAAACUUCUGGUAAACCUGGUACUUUUUCACUUGUCAGUGAUCGCUAAGGCUGAUAAAUGUGAUCAGAAACAGUUGACCCAAUAUGGCUUUUAUUUGAAGAACCACAAAUACGACGCGAAAAAGGUUAACAAUCUUCUGGAGUGUUUGAAGCUCUGUAACACUGAUCCGAAGUGUAUAACCAUCAACUUCAGCUUGUUUGACAAGGAAUGCGAGUUGAAUGAUGAUAGUGGAAUAGAAUGGGACUUGGUGAAGCUACCACACUCAAUCCACGGCAUUCUCAAAAAGAAAGCGUCUUCGUGCUACCAACUGAAGAAAUCCAACCCUCUUUUGAAGUCCGGUUAUUAUGACGUCAUCGUCAAAGGAAAAAAGAGGAAUGUGUACUGUGACAUGGACAACUUUGGUGGUGGAUGGAGUCUGGUGGUGUCAAUCAGUAAAUCAAGCCACGCCCAUUUGCAAAGCUCCGAGAUAGAUUGCCAAGACGUUUUAAAGUGUGUGCCAUUUCCUGAAUCUCCCUUCCCGGCCAAGAAGCUUUCAGAUGAGGACAUCCGAGCAUUGGCGAGUGACGGUGAAGGAACCUUUCGUGUUGAUGUUGUUAACGGGCCAGCGACCAACAAUUUUUCAAUUUUCUAUCAGAUUCCUUCUGGAGCUCAAAACUUUAACUCCUCCUGCAGUGGGGCUACAUGCAUGGGAACUGGUUGUGUUGGCGCGGAAUGCCCACGAAUAAUCAUUUCAUACUCGCAACCUUAUGUGUGGGAGUCGAAUUGCAAGGGAACCGACGUUGGAUAUUUAAUCGCUACCCCAAACCAUAAAGUUUUCGAUGGUCACGACAAUUCUGAAUGUGGCUCUUCCUGGUAUUCUUCUAAAUUUACACUUUAUGGUGUGCGCGCCCUUUAUGGCUACAUCACGCCUGGCAUCUUCGAAGAAAGAGAAGGUGUCCUGUUCGUAAAGUGACGGAACACAGUUAGACUAAAGACUGGCUAAGAGUGGGGUCUACUAAAAUAUCAUAUAUAUAUAUCGCUUAAGCUCCCGAACCAAAAUACCCCAGGUUCCACACUAAAUAGCGCAUAAGCAAUCUCGAAAUAGAGAAGGAAGUGUCACACCUUAUAAACAAGUUCAUGAAAGGUCAAAUUCUGUCCCAGCACUGUAGAGGUAGAGUUCAACUUUGUUGUGCAGAGCAGGAAACUCUUAGCAGAUCUUUUUUUUCGAAAACCGAAAUCGUCGCUCGUGGGGGGGGGGGGGGGGAUUUCUCAUCUUUUGUCACUCGAAUCCAUAAGAUAGCGGCCAUGAGCUACGAUUUCGGGUUUUCUAGGGUUUUUCUCGCCGAAAU